ACUUGGCAUAAGAAAGACGGAGAUACGGCCAGCGAUUUCCAUUCACCAUAGUGUAUAAGUGAUUUGACCAGUCUAUUUAGCGGUAUACACAUUUUUACGACACUACUUGCCGUAUGUUGUCACUUCGAAUCAAGAUGGCGUCCGGCAGUGGGUCCAACAGUAAGAAUGACUUUCGUCGGAAGUGGGACAAAGAUGAAUAUGAACAACUGGCUCAGAAACGUCUCAAUGAGGAAAGGGACAAGAAAGAUGGCAAGCCAGCACCCCCAGUCAAGCGUGAGCUCCUGCGUCACCGUGACUACAAGGUGGACCUGGAGUCCAAGCUGGGGAAGACCAUCGUCAUCACCAAGACAACCCCCCAGGCGGAGAUGGGAGGGUACUACUGCAACGUGUGUGACUGUGUCGUAAAAGACUCCAUCAACUUCUUGGAUCACAUCAAUGGAAAGAAACACCAGAGAAACCUGGGUAUGUCCAUGCGUGUGGAGCGCUCAUCCCUGGAUCAGGUGAAGAAGAGAUUUGAGAUUAACAAGAAGAAGAUUGAGGAGAAGCAGAAGGAGUAUGACUUUGAGGAGCGUAUGAAAGAACUUAGAGAAGAGGAGGAGAAGGCCAAGGCAUAUAAAAAGGAGAAACAGAAGGAAAGGAAGAGGAAAGCAGAUGAUGACUUGGACUUUGAAGAAGAUGACGAAAUGGCUGCUGUGAUGGGCUUCUCAGGAUUUGGUUCUUCUAAGAAGGGCCACUGAGGUCCAGACUUUCAGGCUGCCUUUAAUAAUCCCACCACAUCCUACGUAUAACCUCUCAUCUUGGGCUAACACACACAGCUACCUGGCAAGCUGACCUUUUUUAGGCGUUGUUUUAUUCUCAAAUUGUCUCCCAGACAUUGUUUAUCAUAUAGAUAAACAUCUUUUUCACACAAGCUAUCUUUCGUGGUCAGCAUUGGGGAAUAUUUUUAUGGAGUUAAGAGAGUAUUGGGUAUUUGAGAGCAAAUACACGGCUGGGGAUCCACGUUCAUGUUUUUAUUACCUGUUAGAACGCUCACAGCAGCACACUUCCAAGGACUUUGAAAUAUUGUGAACAAUUUAUGUUUUUGUUUUUUACUGUAGUUCAGUGUGCAUUACCUGAACUUUGUCUUGUGUUUUAAGGAAAUAUACAUAUAACAUGAA